CAAGAGCAGAGGAGUCGAACUCACACCUCUCUCUCCGUCGUCUCGUUCUCGUUCUCGUUCAUAGAGAGCAUAAAACCUAGAUUCCAGUAUAGCUUGAUCCACCGAUUUGGAGAUGGCUGGUGAGCAAGUGGAGAAGCGAGUCAAAUACAAGAGCUCUGUCAAGGAUCCAGGAACUCCUGGAUUUCUCAAAAUUAGUGAAGGGAUGUUGCUCUUCGUCCCUAAUGAUCCCAAAUCAGAUUCAAAGCUCAAAGUUCAGACUCAGAACAUAACUCAAAAAUUUACCAAAGAAGGAUCAAAUAAACCUCCUUGGCUCAAUCUCACUAUCAAGCAGGGAAGGAAUCAUAUCUUUGAGUUUGAAAAUUAUCCUGACAUGCAUGCUUGCCGUGAUUUCAUCACGGCCCUUGGUAAAAGUGACGAGGAGCCUAAGAAAGCAGCUGUCUCGACAUCUACCGAGCAACUCAGUAAUAAAGAAUUGGAGCUACGAUUCAAGCUUCUUAGAGAAAAUAGUGAGCUGCAGAGAUUGCAUAAGCAGUUUGUGGAAAGUAAAGUCCUGACGGAAGAUGAAUUCUGGGCUACAAGGAAGAAAUUGCUUGGUAAAGAUUCCAUCCGAAAGUCAAAGCAGCAGCUCGGGCUUAAGAGCAUGAUGGUUUCUGGCAUCAAACCAUCUACUGAUGGACGGACUAAUAGAGUGACGUUUAACUUGACACCUGAGAUCAUUUUUCAGAUUUUUGCUGAGAAGCCGGCUGUACGGCAGGCAUUCAUAAAUUAUGUUCCGAGUAAGAUGACAGAAAAAGACUUCUGGACAAAAUAUUUUAGAGCAGAAUAUCUUUACAGCACCAAAAAUACAGCAGUAGCUGCAGCAGAAGCUGCUGAGGACGAGGAACUCGCUGUAUUUCUGAAGCCUGAUGAGAUAUUGGCUCGGGAAACUCGUCAAAAGAUUAGACGGGUUGAUCCAACUCUUGACAUGGAGGCUGACGAGGGAGACGACUACAGUCAUCUUAUGGACCACGGGAUCCAGCGUGAUGGCACCAUGGAUGUUGUUGAACCACAGAAUGACCAGUUUAAACGAUCACUUUUGCAAGAUCUUAAUCGUCAUGCUGCUGUUGUAUUGGAAGGCAGAAGCAUUGAUGUUGAUUCAGAAGAUACGAGGGUUGUUGCAGAGGCUCUCACACGGGUUAAACAAGGUUUGAUGUUUCACCUAAAAAUUGCUGACUCUAUUCAGGUUUUCAGUUCGUUAACCCGAACUAUCUCAACUGCCAAAAAUAUAAUUGGGAAGAACCCACGAGAGAGCUUUCUAGAUAGAUUACCAAAGUCCACUAAGGAUGAAGUUCUACACCAUUGGACAUCAAUACAAGAAUUACUAAGACAUUUUUGGUCAUCUUAUCCGAUAACGACCCCAUAUCUUCAUACCAAGGUUGGUAAACUGAAGGAUGCAAUGUCCAAUACUUAUUCAAAACUCGAUGCAAUGAAAGAGUCAGUGCAAUCUGAUCUCCGGCAUCAGGUUUCUUUACUGGUUCGUCCAAUGCAACAGGCUCUUGAUGCUGCGUUCCAACACUACGAAGCAGAUCUGCAGAGAAGAAUAGCUAAGAGCAGCGGCGGCGAAAGACCAAAUGGGUACGUAUAGAAGACAAAAACAUAAAAAUCUGUGCAAGAUCUUUGAAUUUUUUUCAUUUUGUUGGUGUUUUUGAGAUUUUUUAAUUUGUCUCUUUUUGUCCGACCAUUGAGAUACAGAAAAAAAAAAGUCGUUUAUAUAUAUAGAAGUUUUUCUCUUCUUCUUUUUGUCUUUCUCUUUGGUGUCAAUGAGGCGUUUUGUAGGCCGGGGCACUAAUACUUGUUAUCCGUAUUCGACCCGUUACUCGGCUCGUACCCGUCCCGAAAAAAGGGUAUCCGCAG